CUCGUGACUUCUACAAUAAAACUGCCUGCGGCUGCAAAGUGAGCUAGGUUUAUCAGCUGCUUAGCCUCUCCAGAGAUUUAGAGUGAGAAGAACCAUCCUGAGCUAUGUCUCCGGCUAAAGUUGAUACCACAAAGAAGGCCGACCCAAAGGCCAAGGCUUUGAAGGCUGCAAAGGCAGUGAAGUCUGGCCAAGCCUUCAAGAAGAAGGACAAGAAGAUCAGGACAAAGGUCACCUUCCACAGGCCAAAGACUUUGACCAAGGCCAGAGACCCCAAGUACCCGAGAAUCAGUGCAACUCCGAGGAACAAGUUGGAUCAUUACGGAAUCCUCAAGUACCCACUCACCACCGAGUCCGCAAUGAAGAAGAUUGAAGACAACAACACUCUUGUCUUCAUUGUUGACAUUCGUGCUGACAAGAAGAAGAUCAAAGACGCCGUUAAGAAGAUGUAUGACAUUCAGACCAAGAAAGUCAAUACCCUCAUCAGGCCUGAUGGAACGAAGAAAGCGUACGUGAGGCUUACACCGGACUACGAUGCUUUAGACGUUGCUAACAAAAUUGGCAUCAUCUAAACUUAUUUACCUUGGCAACUUAAAAACAGACUUGUGGUUUUGUCUCUCGUAGUCUCAGUUUUGCUUUAAGAUAUUAUUACCAUCGUCUGGUGAUUGUAGUAUUUGGGCAAAAACUUUUUUUUAACAAUACAUUCUUGUUGCAGUUUAUUGUUGAAUUCAAGUUAUAUGUUUUCGGCUUCUGAACAAUCUUAUAUUAGUCCUCUUAUAAACUUCUUAAAA